AUGGAAGAAGAGGAACCAGCUACAUUGACUGAUCAGUUCGAUAAGUUCGCCAAACUGUUCGACAGUGACCGAGACGGCACGACUAUUGAUCUGUACCGCAGCGAUUAUUGGUUGCGCCAGAGCGAUGUCUUGGAAGACAGAGCACUUACUAUGACUGACACGGGAAUCGCAUGGAUGAAAUUCAGCAAAACAGAGCUAACUUACAGCGAAUGGUCUCAAGUAUUAGCAGAUGUCUGUACGAGCAGAGGAUUAGAUCGCGCCUCUGUAGAAGCUGCGUUAACUAACUGCGGAUUACCAGGUAGUGUAAACGUGAAUGUGCCCCAAUACCGAGACCUGUUCGAUACCGUCAAGCCACCUCCUAAGCUCUUAUACUAG